AUGACCACUGGAAUGAAAUCUGGGAGAGACAACAAGUACUGUUUCGUGGCGUUUUUCCUCAUCUCCCAUCUCUCCCUUUCACUAGCCCUCACCAAUCCAGACGAUGUUGCGGCCAUCAAUAGCCUCUACCUUGCUCUGGAGUCACCUCCUCUCCCCGGCUGGAUUGCAUCUGGGGGCGACCCUUGUGGCCAGGGCUGGCAAGGUGUCCUUUGUAAUGCUUCCCAAGUUGAGACCAUAGUUCUCAUCGACGCCAAUCUUGUGGGAGAGCUAGGCGUUGGCUUAAACAUAGAUUUCAGCAACAAUCACAUCGGAGGAAGUAUCCCUUCCUCAUUGCCUGUUUCUUUGCACAACUUCUUUCUUUCAGGCAACGAGUUUACAGGAACCAUCCCAGAAUCUCUUUCCUCCUUGAAAUCCUUGUCAGUCUUGUCUUUAAACAAUAACCUUUUGUCUGGCAAGAUACCCGAUGUCUUUCAAGACCUUGGCGGUAUGAUCAAUCUAGAUCUGUCUAGCAACAAUCUGAGUGGACCAUUGCCUCCUUCCAUGCAGAAUCUUUCCACUCUUACAACCUUGAAUGUAGAGAACAACCUCUUCAAUGGGCCUAUACCAGACAAGUUGUUGGGCGUACCAAAUUUCAGAAAAAGCAAUAACCUGUUUAAUGUCACUGUUGCUCCCUCGCCUUCACCUGCAACAUCUUCACCUGCAACAUCACCUAAGCGGCCAUUUUUAGGACCACCAUCAAAUGGUGGUGGUCAGACACACGUGAGAUCACCUCCUUUCGAUCACCCAGCCUCCUCACCAACUAAAAGGAUUGUUUGGGUAUCCAUUCUCGGGGCCUUUUCAUUUGUGGUUUUGGCCUUUGCAUGUCUACUUUGUGGGAGAAAAUGUCUCGGCAAAGGCAAAAAUGGCGAGCAGCUAUCCAAACCGCACCUAACUGGUGAAUUUGGGAGGGCAGGAGAUGCUUCCGUGCUUCCUCCAUCCAAUACAUUCAAUAAAGACAAAGAGGCCAAACCGAAAGUGUCAGAGAGAGGAGGAGGUGCUCUGAAGCUGCAGGGUGGGCCAGAAAGAAGCGUAGGAAGUGAAAGAAGAGCAUCGAUGCACGAGAUAGACAUGAGCUGUGGCAAUGAGAUGAAUGUGUUGCGUGCCUCACCUAUCAAAAGGGUCAUCCCAAUGGCCUUGGAACCUGCUAGAGCAUCCCUGCAAAAGCCGUCCACUAUAACAUCUUCUUGCGGUGACGAAAAAGAAGGGAAAUUCGUGGAGCUAGUGAGUAACAUAGAGAAAAUCAGGCAUGCCAACGUUGUCCAACUCGUGGGUUUCUGUUCUGAGCACGGACAGAGGCUUCUGAUCUACGAGUAUUGCAGGAAUGGUACACUGCACGAUUUGCUGCAUUCUGAUGGUAGGCUCAAGAUAAAACUGUCAUGGAAUCUCCGUGUUAGGAUGGCACUGGAAGCUGCAAAAGCUCUGGAGUAUCUGCAUGAGACGUGUGAUCCACCAAGUAUCCACAGGAAUUUCAAGUCUGCGAAUAUUCUCGUCGAUGAGGAUAUGAGGGUGCAUGUCUCAGACUGUGGAUUGGCUCCUCUCUUCUCCUCAGGUGUCGUAAGCCAGUUAUCGGGCCAACUAUUGGCAGCAUGCGGAUAUGGAGCUCCAGAGUUUGAGUAUGGGAUGUAUACGUUGAAAUGUGAUGUGUACAGCUAUGGAGUAAUGGUCGACCCAUCUCUCAAGGGUGACUAUCCGGCCAAGUCGCUGUCACACUUUGCUGACGUGAUAUCGCGUUGCGUUCAGUCGGAACCAGAGUUCAGGCCACUAAUGUCAGAAGUGGUUCAAGACCUCUCGGACAUGAUCCAGAGAGAAGAUCGGAGAAAUGGCGAGAAGAAGAUAGUUAAGACGACUAGUUUGACUUAGGAGCUUGUCUCUUUUCUUAUUAUAUAUCUGUCGAAACCAUUGUUGGUUAUCAAAUCCUUGUUCGAAACUACUUGUUUUGCUUCAAGUCUAUUAUUUGCACACCCAAUGUAUGCCUCUUGAGUUUUUCGAUUCUAUAUGCUACUUUCUAGACAGAAUUUUUAAACAAAUAUAAAAAACUUGAUCAUAAUAGACUAAUAGACUUGAU